CAACGAGUUUGAAUUUUUUUGAUAAAUAAACUCCAAUUGCUUUUUCCCUUCCCAAUUUUCGCGCAGUUUCGCCAUUUCCUCUUUCAAUCUGCUGCUUUGCAGGGAAGAAGAAGAAGAAGAUACUGGAAGCAAAUGGUAAUCUUUUCGUCGUUCUGCUGAGGUGAAUCUGCGGAGGAAGGGCUUUGUUUGCCCUCCACUUCGCCUCUUUUCAGCUUUUCGAUCGGUCAGUGUUCUAAAAACCAAGUAACCAACACCAUCAUGGAAGGCCCAGUAACCAACACCAUCAUGGACGGCCCGGAUCCAGAGGAACUAAACGAAACUCCUUGUAAAAGAAGUAAGACCCAAAUGGAUGCUGCAAACGAGAUCGAGACUCCAACGAAAUACAAAGAUCCAGCCGAGGAGAACAACCAUUGUGACUCCUUGCAAUUGUCUGUGUAUCCAAGGACAUCCUCUGAUGAUCUCCCACCGUCAUUCGCAUUACCUCUCGUCCCCAUUCCAAAGGUGGAAGAAUGGUGCUUGAACAGCAACAUUGUCUUGACUGGAACAGCUUGCCGAGUGGGGACUGGACCGCCUGUUGGAGCUGUCGAUAUCGGUGAGAGCAAGUCUGCAUAUUACUUUUGCAUUUCUCUACCGGGAGUCAAAAAAGAUCCGGGUGAGUUCAGCUGCGAAAUUCAAAAGGAUGGAAAAGUCUGCAUUCAUGGUGUGACUUCUACGGGCGCUAAAACCAUCACCAAGUAUUCUCGAGUCUUUGAAAUGAAACAACAGCAGCAAUGCCCGCCCGGGCCUUUCACCCUUUACUUCAGCCUGCCGGGACCGGUCGAUCCGAGGCUAUUUUCCCCUUGUUUCAGAUCUGAUGGCAUCUUCGAAGGCGUUGUUGCAAAAUUCGAGUAGGCUUCUUUCUGUUAAACUUAAAAUAAUUCCUUACAAAAUGCUGAAAUUAUUCGUACUGUGUUAGGACUCUAUUUGUGAGUGUACAUGCUAUGCUUAUUGCCUGCUCGUCUUUUGUUGGUAUGUUGUUUCAAUAUCUGUAGCUUUGAGACGGAUGGUUUCUUAGAACAAAUUAAUGCUUAGGAUGCAAUUUCUGGAACGAA